AUGAUAUUUGCUAUAGAUUUAAUUAAAUCUAAUUGUAAAAGAGAAAUUUUAAAGAUAAAAAAAAUUAAAAUUAAUUAUUUGUUUUAUGGAAAUUGUAGAUAUUUAAUAAACAUGAUUAAUUUAAAAUCUAGUACAACUCGUAUCUUACAGCCAUUAGAUAGCGUUGUCAUCUCACAUGAUUCAUAA